AUGGUUGACGGGGCGAGUGUGACAUACCACGACGGCCCCGUUGGUACCUGUUUGGGCUGGUGGAUGUGGUGUGCGGUGGGUGCGUGUCCGCGUGGCCGGCACCGUGUGCGGCGCAUGGCCAUUGCGGCUGUGCGUGCGGCGCUGCUCGUUGUGUUGGCGCUGGUUGCGGCGGCGGCGUGGAUGCCCGCAGUGCAUGCGGUGGUGUUGCGACUGCGGGGCGGUACGGUGGACAGAGCCAUCACGGUUGGCCGCGCCGUGGACACGGUGCUGAUGGACGGUGUGUCUGUCACGAACGGUGUGGCUGUGGUGUUCGACGUGCCGGCGAUGCUUCCCGGCGCGCUGCGCAUCGAAUUGAGGAACUGCGUGUGCGACGGCGGUGCGCAGAUCUACGUGCGGGGCUACAGCGGUGAGCCGGCGAGUGACCGGAGCCUGGAGGUGGGCGUGAGCGGGCUGUCCGGGAGCUACUGCUCGCUUGUGCUUAUGCACAACCUGCCGGCACACACGAACGUGACGGUCCGUGACUCGAAGAUUGUGACGGCGGGGCCGAUGCGCUACUCGCAGCUGAGCGGGCUGACGGAAGCGGUGGCGUCGCCGCUUGUGCUGCACGCGACGUCGCUGUUGCAGUCGCAGCUGCGUGUGAGCAACACCGUGCUGAGGUCGUCGCAGGCGGGCGGGUCGGCGGUGUACGUUGGCGGCGGUGUGGACCUGCUGUCGAGCGCGGUGGUGUUUGACGGCGUGUCGCUGGAGGCGUCGGGCGGGGCGACCGCGUCCGCGAUGCAUGUGGCGUCCUUGUCGAUUCUCAGUCUGCGGAGCCACUCGGUGUUCUCCGUGACGAACGUCUCGGUUGUGAGCAGCGGCGGCGGCAUUGUGCUUGGAGAGCGUGUUACUGUGUCUGACUCGGUGCUGCGCCUCGUGGGCGUUGAGGGGUCUGUUGCGUCGUCGCUGGUGCGCUGCGACGGUGGGACUGUCGGUGCCGGCGGGUGGCUGGACAUGCACGACGUGUGGGCGGUGGGCGAGGCGUCGUUGGUGGCGUCGCUGUCGGGGGUGACGCUGAGCGGCGGCACCGUGUCGAUUGCGCGCUGCGCUGCCACUGGCGCUACGCUUGUCUCCGGGCUGGCGAUCACGAGCGGGGCCGUGUCGGUGCAGUGCAACCGUGCGGGCGGCCGGGUGCUGCAGAGCAGCGGCGACUACCGCAUGGCCGGCCUGCCCUCCGUGAGCGUGGUGCCGUGCGAUGGCUGUGCAGCCGCGCUGGCGUGCUUUGAUGCGCUGACGGCUUCGUUCUCGGACUGCGUGUGCAGCUGCCGUGCCGGCGGCAUGGGCGAGGCAUGCCUGCCGUUCAACGUGCCGCCUGCGAGGGCCGGCGGUGGUGGCGGCGCGGAGGGCUGCGUGAGUGGCGUGAUGCUGACGGAGUCCGUGACGGUUGGCGGCGGGCGGGCGACGGCGUGCUUCGACUCGGUGGUGUUCAGCGGGCCGAUCACUGUGACGGUGGACCUGCGCUCGAUGGACGUGUUCGCUGACGCGCUGAACGUGACGCUGCGCCACUGCGUGCUUGCGGGCGGCGCGCAGCUGCGGAUUGGUGGUCUCAGCGAGAGCACGGCACGCCCGAUGCCCCGGGCCUUCGUGAACAUGACGAAUGUGACGUCGCUGGAGGGCACGAUCGUGCUGCAUGGCGCGAUGCCGCUGCACUCGAGUGUGCUGCUGGCGAACUCAACGCUGCGCGCGACGGUUGGCGGGUCGCAGUACGUGCCGACGACCCGUGGACACGAGGGAUCCCGGUACGGCACCGCGCUUGUCCUGGACGGUGUCCGGCUUCUGUCGACGCGGUUUGUCAUGACGCGGUCGACGCUGGUGUGUUACGGGGGCUCGUGCGCUGCGAUCCUCGUGGAGCGCGGCCUUGGCGUGAACCUGUCCAGCGCCUUCUACAUGGACAACUGCGCAGUGAGUUCGCGGGCACAUGUGAUGUACGCUCUUGCGUCGGACCUGCGUGUCAGCGGCGGCUCCGUGUUCUCCAUACAGAACAGCUCGUGGAUUGCGCCGAGCAUCGACUUCUACAAAGGCGCGUGUAUGUUCAAGGAAGUUGCGGUGGAUGGCGGCAGCGUACUGCAGAUUGUGUCCAGCACGUUUCGUCUUGGCUUCGCCAUGCUCAUUGCAAACAUGCUGACCGUGACUGACGGCAGCUGGCUGGUGCACCGCAACAACGAGUUCCACACUGCCUACGUUGUGUACGUGGCCAACGAGAACGGCGUGGUGUUUUGCGAUCGGAGUGUGUGGUCGAUACUUGACAACAGUUUUACGUACGGCUCUUAUUCUUCCACUGCGUACAUGACAAGCAUCUGGUCACUGUCAUCCGACGCGCGCCCGAUCAUCUACGGCAUGUGCAACGAGCUAAGGGGCUCUGUCGUGACGAAUUACCAAGAAGACCUCUACAUUAGAAUACCCGUGAGGGUGUUGGACUGUGGCGCGUGCACCGUGGACGCCGUGUGCUUUGCUGCGAGGACGAGCAGCAUCAGUGGCUGUGAGUGCGUGUGCGCUGCUGGCGGCUACGGUGGCACGUGUCUGCCAGCUGCGGUUCCGGACGGCCUUGGGCCGCUCCCGCUCCCCGAUGCGGACGACACGGAGGUCCGCUGCGUGCACGGCGGCAGCAUAAGCUCCGUGGACGAUCCUGAUCCCGGUGUGCGUGGUCUGUGCUUCGUCAACGUGACCUUCACCUCCGCGAUCGUGCUGGACCUGUCGCUUUUUGAGGCUCCAAAACAGACACUCAACAUCACGCUGCUGCAGUGCGUCCUCAUUGGCCUGUCGAUCAGAGGGAGUGGUGCGUGUGUGCACGUGAGCGUGUUCUCCUCGAUUUUGGAUUUGGGUGCUUUGGAGUUUGAGGGUGAUUUUGGCAUGAGCUCCCAGAUACUUGUGGCGGGUAGUGCAAUUGUGACGACGUCGAUUCACUCCAUUCAAUGCCUGAUUUUUUCUUUUGGUGCGAACUCGACGCUGCUGCUACUCGACAACAUCAUUGAAGGGAAAAGUCACGCAGUGCAUUUCUCCGUUGGUGUUGUUGACGGCGGCGGAAUCAUUAUAAAGGGAAACACGCUAAAGGGAGCGGAGGAGGGCGUUCCGUUGGAAUGUGCUGUUUUGUUUGAAUCUGCUAUUGUGAAGAAUGGCGGAUACUUUGACGUUGAGAACAACACGAUGAGCGCAGUCAGUGGCAUUUAUUUUUAUGGGGAUGCCGUCGUGAGCUCCGCGGGGCUGCUGAGAGUGGCGGACUGCAUCUUUUUUGGCAGCACGGAGGAUUUUGAAUCUGCGCUGGUGUAUUUGUACGGCUCGGUGACUCUCGAGGGUGGUGCGCAGUGGCGUGUGACGCGCAACAGCGUGAGUGCAGCAUCAGUAUUAAUUAUAUCGCAUUCCAACUGCAAAAUUCAGCUGUUGGGCAGCGGCAGCACCGUGAUGCUUGCACACAACCGCCAGGUGGACGAUAGCUGUCCUUUUGCUGAGAUGUCUCUGUCAAGCACGCUUGUGGAUUCACCCGCGCGGUUUGUGGUGGGGUGCAACCUGCAGGGCGAUGAGGAGGUGUCGUACGACGGUGUGUUUCCGGAGGGCGUAGUGGUGUUCAGGUGUGGCACAUGCAACGACGACGCGGCGUGCUACAUGCUCGGGACGGAGUCGGUGGACCGCAGCUCGUGCUCGUGCAGCUGCAGGGUCGGAUGGCAUGGCGCGUCGUGUCUUCCCUUCGAGGUGCCCGACACGGUUGUGCCGCCCGUAGCGGAGAGAGCCGUCGACGGCGACACGAGCUGCGUGGUGAACCAGACGCUGACGAGCCUCACGCUGAACAUGUGGAAGACGCACCACUGCUACGCGGGUGUGACGUUCAGCGGCGUGGGUGCUGUGCUGACAUUCUUUCUCAAUCGUAUGCCGCUGCAUCUCCCCAUCAACAUCACGCUCACUGGGUGCACAUUCCGUGAGGGUGCCGCGCUGCAGUUUGUUGGAGGUGUUGGAGUGACCGAGUCAGCCGGCGUCCUGAUCCGCGUGAGCCGGACAGUGAUGAAAUCCUCCGUCGUUUAUUUUUCACUUGCCCUCCCGCUGCACUGCGACAUCGCCGUCACGGAGGUUGAUGCGGAGCAGUCCUUCGAGGUUAAGCUGCCCGUUACUGCAAGCAGCAGGCUGAGCAUUGUGAUGCUGCACGAAUUUGUUUUGACUGCGUCCUCGCUGUUGGUCAGCAACGUCAGGGCACAUGCCUUGAGGUAUGAUGGGUUUGGUUUGUACUCGAUUGGGACGCUGAAGUUGGUGGGUGGCAGCUCGCUGUACGCGCGGUACUGCAGCUUCGAUGGGUACACGCAUCUGUUCUACGUGAAUAUCCUCACUGUGAGUGAUCACUCUGUUUUUGCGUUGCUCAACAAUACAAUGGCCUCCGGAACAAGCCUUCUGCAUCAGCAAGAAAACUUCAUCGUCUCGGAUCACAGCGUGUUUCGCAUGGUGGGGAACAGCGGCUCCGUGUGCAACGCCAUCUACUUACUAAGUUUGUUUACCGUCCAGGGGUAUAGCUGGCUGGACUGGCGUGACAACGACGUGGGGGUGGGUGCGAUGUUUCAUCACUCCAUAAUAACUGCUGGUAACAUCGACAGCAGCAGUGUGGUGACGCUGACGGGCUGCACGAUGGGCUCGACGGGUUUGUCGGUGCCUUUCCUGAAGCGGGUUGGGGCCGGCUACCAGUUCUUUGCAGGGUGCCUGACGGUCGCGGGACGGGUGGUGACGACGGCGGCUGAACUGGAGCUCCACGGCAUCACCAACGUGACGACGGUUGCUGCGUGCGGUGAGUGCACGAAGGACGGCGACUGCUUUGCCCCGCUGACGACGGCUGUCAGCGGCUGCAAGUGCCAGUGCGCUGCUGGAGGGCACGGCGAUGUGUGUGUCCCGGCGCCUGUGCCUGCUGGCCCUCCGCCGCCGCCACUGCCCACUUUGCCGAUUGGUGAGUGCAUCAGCGACAUGGUGUACCCCGAGGUGGCGCAGGCAGUGGGCGGCGGGCUGUCGUGGCUGUGCUACCGCAACGUGACGUUCAGCGGGGGUGGCAUGUGCCUGACGGUGCUGAUAGGGGCGAUGACGGGCGACGUGGUGAAUGUCACGUUCGAUGGAUGCACGUGGAGGGACGGCGCCGUGCUCUUGCUCUUGGGCAACGCGUACGCCGCUGUGGGGUCGCUGAACAUCGUCGUCACCGGCAACACGUUUAUUGACGCGCUGCUUAGCCCGGAGGGUGUGUUCCCACCGCACACGAACAUCACGAUCAGUGGGAACCGCUUUACGGUCACGAGGCUGAUCCCUAGGUCUGGUUUGGACCUUAGGGGACCGUCGUGUGUUGCGAUGAAUGAUCUGGUGAUUACCAACGACUCCGCGGUGGUGCUCAGCGGCAACGUGUUUCAGACCGUGAGGGCAUUGUCAAGCGCCAUCCGCGUUCUCAGAUCUGCGCUGAGGGUGUCGUGGCACUCCGUGUUUGCGGUGGUGGGCAACGCGUUUCAUAUGUACGGCGGUAACGGUACCUUGAUAUAUCUUGAGGGGUCUAGCCAAUCCUCAUCGCUGAAUGUAAUUAACAACUCUGCCGUGGUGAUUCGAGGCAACGUUGUGACAAGUCCAGUGAAGCGCUUCAUGUUACUUUCUUGGGCAUCCUAUGUAGAGUCCCAGUCAGCGGUUGUGUUUCAGGGCAACGACAUGCAGGGAAGCUCGGUUGUGUUUAUCUCAGGCUACUCCUCCAGCAUUUACUACAACUCCUGGCUGCAGUUGAGCGACAACCUCUGCCGCGUGUCCCCAUCGGUUGUUUUUUCCCUCCUGAACCCCAGGGUGAAUCUCCGCGACUCCACGGUGUCUGUUUCCGGCAACCAAUUCAUGUCCAGCACGGACACGCCGAGAGUGCUGUGGAUAAUUUCAGGGUCUGACGACCUCACAAACGGCGUGGUUGUGGUUGCGUGCAACACCGUGAACGGCGAGGAGGGGGUGAAAUACAGCAUCCCAUCCGCGUACAAUGCCACCAUUCUGACCUGCAGCGACCCAUGCGCCCUUGCGGCGUCGUGCUUCCCCGCGUACACGACGACGGCGUCGAGUGAUGGCUGCGCCUGCACGUGCGCUGAGGGCGGCCACGGCGAUGCGUGCCUGCCCGUUGCUGUCCCCGAGCCACCGAGUACCGACGGCGCCGACUUGUGCGUGCGGGACGUGCGUGUGGAUGUGGAGGUGAACGUCGGUCCUGGGACGUCGGUGGCGUGCUACGUUGGUGUGACCUUUGCGGCAGACGUCUUUGUGGACGUGGAGUUGAUGUCAGGGAGCGUGCGCAACGUGACGCUGGCGAACUGCACGUUUUUGGACGGAGCGAGCCUGUACGUUGUUGGGUGGCGGUCCGAUCCGACUGCUGGCCAGUGUGCUGUUGUGUUGAUCAGCGGGCUUGAGUCGCGCUCCGGCGGCGGCGUGGUGGUGGCGAACCGAUACCCGCCGGACUCGCGCGUCACUGUGGUGGACUCGGUGCUGAUUGCGGAGGCGCGUGUUGCGUACCGCGGCGCCUACGACCUUGGCGACGCCUCCGCGUGCCUCGUGUUACACAACGUGAAUCUGACGGGGAGUGUGCUGGCCAUCGCACGCACGCAAUUGGCGGCGGUGUUCCGCGACGCUGUUGGCGUGUUGGUGGUUGGCGGCGUGGCGCUGUCGUCGCGCGGUGCGCUGUACGUGGACGGGCUUUUUGUGCAGACGGCGCUGGGGCUGUGCGUGUCUGUGGAGGGCGGUGUUGCGGCAAUUGGCGGCUCUGUUGCGGCGUUUGUUGACAGCGACUUCCUGCUGUGCAAGCACGCGGUGUCUGUGCGUGGGGCUGUGAGCGUGUCGGGCUCCGCUGUGGCACUUGUGCGGAGCGACUUUGUGUCGACGGGGGACUACGCGGUGGCGUUUUAUUCGACGGUGAGCCUUGCCGGCGGGUCGAUGCUGCUGGCGAAGGGCAACGUGCACGACGGCGUCUUGAGGGAGAUGCUCUACGCCGCUGGUGCCGUGAACGCUGCUGGGAGCACGCUGAGCUUUGUGCGCAACCGAGGACUGUUGCCGCGGAUGCUGUCGCUGAGCCUGUCGCUUGUGGCUGGGGCGCAUUUGAGGGUGGCGUGCAACGACGCUGGUGGAAUUGUCCUGUCGACGGCGGAGGAGUACGCAGCGGCCGGCUUUGGCGACGCUGGGAGGAUUGACGUUGUUGGGUGCGACGACUGCGACAGGGAGACGCACUGCUACGCUUCCGGGACGGCGUCGGCGAGCAUGAGGAACGGUGUGUGCGUGUGCGUGUGCGGCAGCGGCGGGUACGGCGAGGCGUGCGUGCCUGUGGGAGCUCCCGUGCUGCCGCCUGCUGCGGGCACUGCGUCGAGUGUGUUUUUCCGCGAGGGCGUGACGGUGCGGUCGGUGUUCGUUGUGCCUGCCGGCGUGAGCGAGGUAACGCUGCGCCACGUUGUGCUGGACGGCGUGAGUCCUGUGCUGUACGUGCCGUGGAUGGCGCGGGACGGCGUGCGGAUCGUUGUGCAGAACGUGUCGCUGCUGAACGGCGCCGUGCUGUACGUGAUGGGCGGUGGAGCGUUGCGCGGUGCGGGAGCGGCGGGGAGCGACGAGAGCGGGCCGGUGGAGCUGUCGGUGUGCGAUGUGGAGGCGCUGAACGGUGCGCUUGUGCUGACCGGCACGUUUCCCGCGGGGUCCGUGCUGACGGUGACCGACUCCCUGCUGGUUGCCGCGAGGUUGACGCCGCUUGUGUAUCUUCCCGGCUCGCGGUCCUCGCCGUACGCACCGCUGCUGGUGCUGUCGGGCCUGCGGCUCGUGCGGUCCGUGCUGGUUGUGUCUGGCGUUGCUCUCGUGACCGUGAUGACUGGUGGGCGGACGGUGGUGGUGGACGGUGCCGUGCUGGAGCUUGUCGGUGGCGGUGUCGCGCUGGACGCGGCUGUGUUCGGUGGCGACUAUGCGUUGUACGCGAGUGCGCGCGUGGUUGCGUCGGGGGGCGCUGUGCUGCGCGUGUCGGGGAGCCAGGUGUACGCCGCGCAUGGAUUGGUGUUUGACGGCGGGAUGGUGGCCAACGCGUCCGCCGUCGUGGUGAACGACAACGCCGGUGCGCUGACCGGUGGCGCGCUGCUGGUGCUGCGUGGGUCGGCGUUGUUUGUGUCCGGGUCGUGGCUGUCGGUGCGCGGCAACAGCAUCAGCGGCAAGCUCCUGUCGGUGCCGUCGUACCCGCGCAGUGCGGAAUUUGUGCAGAGCACGCUGACGCUCCACGGGAACGCUGGCAGCGGGGCCGUCGUGAUGGACGGCACCGUUGCGCUUGGGGGCGCCAGUCGAAGGUUCGUCGUGGGGUGCCUGGCGCUCAACGGGCAGGCGCUGGAGCCGAUGGACUACAGGUCUGCCGGCAUUAUCGGGGAAUUCCGUCCUGUGGCGUGUGGCAUGUGCGACGCCGACGUGCACUGCUUUGCAGCAGCGACGAGGGCGAUGUCGGGGUCGUGCCGCUGCCGCUGUGCUGAGGGCGGGUACGGGCGCGACUGCCUGCCGGUGUACCUGCCGCACGUGGACGGGUGCAACCGCACUCCCGGCAUGCCGCUGCUGAGCCACACGGCAACGCUGACGGAGACGCACAGCCUGACGCCAACGUGGACGCCGAGCCUGAGCACGGCGCACUACAGUCCGACGCAGCACGGGCCGACGGAGACACUGCAGGUGACGGAGACGGUGGCGCUGCUGCCCACGCGGAGUCCAACGGCGUCGGUGAGUAGCACGCUGUGGUGGAGCGACGUGGCGUGCCCGACGCUCGCCGUGACGACGACGACGGCUGGCGGGAGCCUGACGCAGAACGACAUUCGCGGCGGUGGGAGCGCCGUUCCAACGCUGCUGAUGGUGGCGCUGCCGCCGCCGUUUCGAUGGGCACGCGACCCGCAGCUCGGCACGCACCUGAGCUUUGUGCUGGUUUCAACGGCGCAGCCGAGCGGGUUUGGCGGUCCGUGGGGAGCGAUGCUGCGCAACGCGACGUGGGUGCGCAACGCGACGAAUCCGUCCACCGUCCUGGAGCUGGCUGUGCCUGUGCACCGCGGUUACUUCAUUGCUGCCGACGAGACGAUUUUCAUUCGCUGCGACGCUGCGGCGGUGUCCGGCGGCUGCAAGGGUGUGCUGCUUGGGUCCUUCACGAUCAGGUCCGACACGCUGCCCGCCGCUGCCAGCGCCCUCUCGGCGAUAACCGGCGUCGUUGCGGGUGCGGCUGCUGUUGCCGUGGUGGUGACGGGCGGGCUGGGCUCCAUUCUGGAGAUGCAGGCACUUGGCGUGUUUGCAAGGAUGUCGUGCGCCUCGGCGCAGGAGCGUGCGAGCACCGUUGCGCUGCCGUACUUCCUCUCGGUGUUUGCUGCCCUUGACCCGCUGUGGAUGGUGGUGGGCAACGCGCUGCUUGUCGCUGUGUUUGGGUGCGUGCACUGCGGUGUGACGGCUGCCUUUCAGCGGUGGCGCGGCGUGGACGCGGCGAGUGCGUGGGCGGCGAUGCGCUUCCCUAGUCUGACGUACGUUGUGGCGCACGCGAUGCACCUCGGCAUAUUUUUUGGCUCCGUGCUUGCACUGGCGAUGCCCGGCGCCCGCGUUCAGCACCGCGUGAUUGGUGUCGUCGGCGUGCUGUACGUUGUGGCGUUCCCUGCUGGCGUGUGCUACUUCAUUGCCCGCCACGUGGGCGCGAGCUUCACGAAGUACUGGCAGUUUUUGAGGAAGCCGCUGCACGAGCGCCUGCUCUACCCCGUCGGGUAUUGGUAUCCCGCGGCGCAGCAGCGGAUGUACGGCAGCAUGCUGACGAACAUGAAGGGCAGCUACGUGUAUUGGUGCGUGUUCCAGCUGUCGGUGCUGUGUGUGGUGUGCCUGAUUGCUGCUGCGCACCCGCUCGUGGGAAGCUGCCACGUCCAGUACUUCUGCAUGGCGGCUGUGCUGCUUGCGGGUGCGGGCGUGGUUGCCUUCACGAACAUGAUGCGCUCGGCCUUCCUGACAAUGAUGCGCACGGUGAGCUUUGUGCUGCUUGCGGCGCUGUGCGUGGUGAGCGCGGCCAACCACCUUGUGCCAAGCGACGGCGGUGCGAGAGCGUACGCGGCCAUCUUGCUGCUGCUGACCGCUGUGCUGCUUGCAGUCACUGUGUACGGCGUCGUUGUGUGGUACGCGGAGGACCGCCACUGGCAGGAGCUGCGUGAGCCGCAGCGUGGAGGGCUGGAGGCGCUGCUGCGCGAUGGCGAGGAGAGCGACGAGGACGUGCAGAAGCCGCACGAAAUGACUUCAUUGUCGUAUGCCUCAGGCACCACCGUUGCGUCGUCGUACCGACCACCUGCACCGUCGCAGCCCAUGGCCGGUGACACCCGCCCAGACGCCCAGAGCCUUCUCGACCGUUUAUCCAUUGCGAGCUGUACGGUUGAUCACGCUCUUCUGUGA